CAAAAGAAUAUCAGGACCGGCCGGCGGGAGUAUAUCUUGACCACCUCAACUCCUCAAGCAGUCAAGCCACACCGCAGGCAACAGCUCCUUCCACCUCGCCGUCUCCCUCCAGCAAAUCCUCUUCCGGGUGGCAACACUGGCAAGAAAUCAACAGAGAGAAGACUGGAUUGGGACUGCAGGGAGCAUCAUGUCGGAGAUGAAAGACACCAAUGCUACUGGGCAUGAUCUUGUUGGAAAUUCCGAGCCUAUGGACCAAAGUGCAGAUAAUUCCAUGCCAUCGGUUCAGCAACAGGAACAAGCAAUCAAGAAGAAAUUUGGAGGAUUGAUCCCCAAAAAGACACCACUUAUCUCAAAGGAUCAUGAACGGGCCUAUUUUGAUUCUGCUGAUUGGGCUCUAGGAAAGUCUGGACAAGGUGUGUCAAAACCCAAAGGACCGCUCGAGGCACUUAGGCCGAAGUUGCAGCCCACGCGACAACAGCAGCAACGUUCAAGGCGCACUAUCUACACUUCAUCAGAAAAUGAGGAUGGAGAAGGUGCAAGUGCCGAGGACAUGAACAUCAACUGAUCACAGCGUCGAACCUGUUAUAGUUGGGAAGGUUUCAUCACCCAAAGCAGCUUGCUUUUGUUAUUCAUGGACCAACUGCCGGGAACAAUAUGUGUGUGUUUGUUGCUUCCAUAGAUAAGGAAAGAAAUGCUGUACUUUUAAGGACAGACAGUGAUAUAUUCAUGGGAUUGAUGCCUAAGAUCCCUGCCAAAUGGUAGCAUAGACCAAAGCAUUGUGUGUGUUUAUACUCGAGCUUGAGGACAAUUUGUCAACGAAACCUCUAUAAUCAUUCCAUGAUUAUUAGUGCAUCAUUGUGAGUUUGCAUUGCAAAAUUCAGUGUUAAAGACUUUUUACA